AACUCUGUGUCUGUUUAUUUAAGUAGUUACACAAAAGUUGUAAAAAACACCGUAUUUGACUCCCUCCAAGUCAUUCACCAUUCCCGAGGCAAGUCCACAUCAUUUCCCAAAUGGGUAACUGCAGCGCCGUCCCUUACUCCGACGAUCAAUCCCCGCCGCAAUCCCACCCCAGCGCCGCCGCACCUCCGCCGUCAACCGCCACCAACACCAUCCACAUCCACCCAACCUCAACAUCACCACCGGCUCCCCGUCCAUCUCCGCCGCUCUCCGGCAUCGGCCGCGUGCUCGGCCGGCCAAUGGAAGACGUACGCGACACCUACAUUUUCGGCCACGAACUCGGCCGCGGCCAAUUCGGCAUCACUUACUUAGUCACCCACAAGUCCACUCGCAAGCAGUUCGCGUGCAAGUCAAUCGCCACGCGCAAGCUUCUCAACAAAGAAGACGCUGAUGACGUGCGCCGAGAAGUUCAGAUCAUGCAUCAUCUCACCGGGCACCGGAACAUCGUUGAGUUGAAAGGCGCUUACGAGGAUCGGCACUCGGUGAAUUUAGUUAUGGAGCUUUGUGCCGGCGGGGAGUUGUUUGAUCGGAUCAUUGCCAAGGGGCAUUAUUCUGAACGCGCCGCCGCGGUGUUGUGUAGACAGAUGGUUACGGUUGUGCAUAACUGUCAUUCCAUGGGAGUGAUGCAUCGGGAUUUGAAACCGGAGAAUUUUUUGUUGUUGGAUGCCACGGAGAAUUCACCGUUGAAGGCUACUGAUUUCGGUCUUUCGAUGUUUUAUAAGCCUGGAGAUGUAUUUAAAGACCUUGUCGGAAGUGCUUAUUAUGUGGCUCCUGAAGUGUUGCGCCGGAAUUAUGGAGUUGAGGCUGAUGUUUGGAGUGCUGGGGUGAUACUUUACAUAUUACUCAGUGGGGUCCCACCAUUCUGGGGAGAGAAUGAGAAGAGUAUCUUUGAUUCUAUUUUAAGGGGACAUCUCGACUUUUCAUCUGAUCCAUGGCCAUCAAUAUCAAGCAGUGCCAAAGAUCUUGUGAAAAAGAUGUUACAUUUUGAUCCAAAAGAAAGGCUUUCUGCAGUUAAUGUCCUAAACCAUCCGUGGAUGAGAGAGGAUGGCGAUGCAUCUGAUAAGCCCAUUGACAUUGCUGUGUUAAGUAGAAUGAAGCAGUUCCGUGCAAUGAACAAACUAAAAAAAGUAGCUCUAACGGUGAUUGCAGAAAAUCUUUCAGAAGAAGAAAUUAUUGGUUUGAAGGAGAUGUUCAAAUCUAUGGACACAGAUAACAGUGGAACGAUUACUUAUGAAGAGUUAAAGGCUGGUCUUCCAAAAUUGGGUACCAAGCUUUCCGAGUCCGAAGUGAUGCAGUUGAUGGAAGCGGCCGACGUGGAUGGAAAUGGUACGAUUGACUAUAUUGAGUUCAUAACAGCUACAAUGCAUCUAAACCGGAUGGAGAGGGAAGACCACUUGUACAAAGCUUUCGAAUAUUUUGACGAGGACAAGAGUGGGUUUAUCACAAUGGAAGAGUUGGAACAUGCCUUGAAGAAGUAUAACAUGGGUGACGAGAAAACGAUAAAGGAGAUUAUUGCAGAAGUUGACACCGAUAACGAUGGGAGGAUAAACUAUGACGAGUUUGUAGACAUGAUGCGAAAAGGCAACCCAGAGCUGGUCACAAAUAGGCGACGCAAAUAAUGAUUUUUUUUCCUGAGAUCAUCAAUAUGAUUAGCUCCUUGGGUUAAAUAGCCUAUAUUGCAUAUUGCUUUAAUUAAGAAGACAAGUCUCAGCUUAAAGGAUAACAGGCCGUUAUUUGGUAUGCUUCACAGCUUAUAAAUUUUGCUUACACUGCUGCUUGACAAGUGGAAGAUGUGGCUUGGUGCUCCUAUUUUUGCUUGAACUUUUUCUGAUACAGACUGGGAGGUCUUGUGUCAUCUUAGAGCAGUCGAUUUUUUGUUCAGGUUCAGAUCGCCAGGCGCCAGUCCAGUUCACUGCUUUUAAGUUCAUAUAGUUUUCUCUCUUGCAUUACAAACUUGUUUUUCUUUGGAGCCAUGCUGCGAAGUACAGAUACUUCAUACUGGUACUGUUUUUCUUGAUGAUUGUCAUUGAGGGUACAUACAAUUAUUGUGCAGAACCUGAACUUUCUUUUAUACUAUAUACAAACUUUUGUGCUUUAUGCACAAACAUUUGGUAAUGGAGGCUAUUGAAAUCGUAUACUGCCAUACCUAUUGUUUAAUUCAUGAUA